AUUUCUUUCUACUAAAUGGUCCAGACUUUUUUUGUAAGUAAUGUCCACCAAAUCCACUGAACAGAAAAUAUCUUCCCUUAAAGACAGAGUAAGUAAGAGAUACAUAGGAAAGGAUACCAUGACAAAAUUUCGGCCUUUUCCAUCCAAAUUCAUCUUCAAAUUAUGUUUUAUUCUUGUUCUUGUAUGCCCGACGGUGGUCUCUGGUGACGGUGACUGCGGGUGCCAACUGGACGAGUCCACCGAUGGAAGCAGAGCGCAGACACAGAGAUACAAAGUGGGUGCCAUAGUAGCUAUUCUUGCUGCCGGUGCAAUAGGGGUGUGCCUACCUUUGCUGGGGCGGAGCAUCCCGGCUCUGCGGCCUGAGAACGAUAUAUUCUUCAUUAUCAAGGCGUUUGCGGCUGGAGUUAUCCUCUGUACGGGAUUCAUUCACAUACUUCCUGAUGCGUUUGAGAAUUUGACUUCGCCCUGCCUCAAGUCAAGCUUCUUUGAGGGCAUGGGACUUGGUGGCUGCAUUGCUCAGGCAAAAUUCAAGAAUUUAUCAGUGGCAGUCAUGGCAACAUUUUUCUCCCUCACAACCCCAGUGGGGACUGCAAUUGGGAUUGCAAUUUCAAGUGUUUACGACGAGACCAGCCAACCUGCUCUGAUAGUUCAAGGAGUCUUCAAUGCAGCUGCUGCGGGCAUUUUGAUUUACAUGUCGCUUGUGGAUCUGUUGGCAGCAGAUUUCAUGAACCAAAAGUUGCAGGGCAAUAUGAAGAUUCAAUUAGGAGCAAAUGCUGCACUCCUUCUUGGAGCUGGUUCUAUGGCCAUCCUGGCCAAAUGGGCAUGAAACCAUUGAAGCAAUGCCAUUAACUACGUACUUAAUUUUUAGAUGUUCAAUGCGAUUUUCAUACGUAAUAACACAAGAACAGAGCUUGUGGAUGUUGAUGCAUGCAUUAUUAGACUGUAAAUGUAAUAUUCAAGCAUAAUAUUAUUCAGAAUAUCCAAUAAUUUUGUUUUGUAUUA